AUGAAUAAAGUUGCUGACAAAUUGCCAAAGAACAUGCUUGGUAGUGAAGAACUAAAGAAGGAAUUGAAUGCAUGUGUUUGGUCGGAGUUGAUAGAGCCUGAUGCAUUUGAAGAAUCUUGGCAUGCUAUAAUGGAAAGAUAUGGGCUGGCCAAUAAUGACUGGUUUUCAUCGAUGUUUGCAUCUAGAAAGUUUUGGGUACCAGCCUUUUUCCGUGAUUUUCCGAUGAACUCGUUGAUAAAGACAACAUCUUUGUCCGAAUCACAGAAUGGCUUCUUUAAAAGGUACUCAAAGUGUCGGGCUAACCUUAUGCUAUUUUAUAUGAACUAUAACCAUGCUUUGGAGGCUCAAAGAAGUAAUAGCGCAAAGCUUGAAUACUAUGAUUCAACAAAAGUGCCUAUAUUGCGAACAGAAUUGGAAAUCGAGAAACAUGCAUCAACGAUAUAUAGUGGAAUGUCUACCAAUAGAGAGAAUGAAGUAUAUAACAUAAAUGACAAGGAUUCAAACUCAUGGACAGUGACUUACUCCAUUGGCGAUGACACCUAUUUGUGUGGAUGUAAAAAGUUUGAGAGACUUGGUCUAUUGUGCAGCCAUAUAUUUUGUGUGUUGAAAUAUAAGUUUGUUAAGUUGAUACCCGAGAAUUUGCGUGGAUGGAGAUGGUUGAAGUUUGUGAAGUCAAUACAUGGAGGUUUUUGUGAUGAUGAAGAAAUACUCUCUGUUGUGGACGAGAAGAAGAUUGCAUUUAAAAACUUGUAUGCACUAUUCUUUGAAAUAGCACAAAGUAUUGAAGGGAACAUUGACCAAAUCAAUGCAUUUACUGCAAUUAUUGAAGAAGGUAAGAAGCAGCUUUUCGGAAGUGUUGUUCUGUCUUCGACAGAGAAGAGAGCAUUGAUUGAGAAUUUCUAUGGCUCACAAGUUCCAAACAUUAUUGAAGUUCAUCCUCCUAAUGUUGUCAGUACAAAGGGAAGUGGAAGUAGGAGGAAAUCGAAGAAGGAGUCGGCAAUGAAGUUAGCAAUGAAACCAGGCCGAAAGUGUGGAAAUUGUCAUGUGAUUGGACACCAUGAUUCGAGGAACUGCUUCUGA